CGAGGAUUGAACUGGCUAGAGCAGCGAUUCUCAGCCUCGUAAAGACAGUAGAGCAAGUGAUGCCAGACUUGGGGAUGCCUUUCCAUCUCCAUACUAGGAACACGGGCCUGUACAAUAAGUCCGUAGAAUGGAUUACGUGGUGGGAAAGUUACGAGAGUUACGUACGUCACCCCGAAAGGCAUCAAAAAAUAUUAAAUCACAUAAUUCACCAAGACAAUCUCCGUGUAAAGGUCAAGAAAAACAUGUACAAUCAAGAAAUUAUUCCCCCUAUAAAGAUCAACAGUCAUCAGAGCAUGUUCUGUGUCCAAAAUCAUCAAAAUUGUUCGGAACAAAAAAUUCCCCAAGAAAAUCCCCAUGUAAAGGUCGACAGAGUGAAGAAAAUUCUCCACAAAAGUUUAAGCUGCCACGAAAGUAUUCCCCCUAUAAAGAACAACAGUCAUCAGAGCAUGUUCUGUGUCCAAAGUCAUCAAAAUUGUUCGGAACAAAAAAUUCCCCAGGACAAUCCCCAUGUAAAGGUCGACAGAGUGAAGAAAAUUCUCCACAAAAGUAUAAGCAACCAGGAGAGUAUUCCCCACGGAAAGAUAAGCAGUCAUCAUGGCACAUUCUGUGUCGAGGAUCGCCAAAACUAUUCGGAAGAAAACAUUCUCCAGGACAAUCCCCAUGCAAAGGUCGACAGAAUAGCGAAAAUUCUCCACAAAAGUAUAAGCAGUCAGGAGAGCAUUCCCUAUGGGAGGUUCAACAGACAUCAAGAUACGGUCUCUGUAAUACGCAACAGAUAACAGAACAACUAAGUUAUAAAUCACAGGAGAAAACAAGAUUUCACCUAUUUAAAAAUCAUCUGCCUGAAGGACAAGUACCGAUUAAAACUCAACAUACACUUGAACAAUCUCCACCUAAAUACCAACAGAUUCUUGAUAAUUCUCCGAGUAAAAACCAACAGAAAACAAAGCGCUAUUUAUACAGACAUCAAGAAACAAUUGGGCAUUCUCUAAAUAAAGCUCAACAGACAAUAGAGUGUUCUCCGCGUGAAAGUUCAAGUGGAAAUUCACGGUCAAAAGUUCGGAUUUCUUUCGACUGUAGCGAAUACUCGCCAAUCAACUCACCAAAACACAUAUUAAAAAAGCAUAAUUUGUUUGAAAGUUCUCCGAUAAAAACGCAAAAGUUGCAUCAGUACUCUUUGCAAACUCAGGAACUGUGCCCUCGUUCCCCCAAAAACUUACUUAGCAUGUGCCAUCAUUCUUCUAUAAAGUCUCGUGCAUUACCAUCGACAAUAAAGUUUUUGUACAAUAAGUCUUCAACACACUUUUUUCAUUCACAUGACGUUUCAUCAUUUACGUCAUCAGACUGUUGCAAGCAUUCACAAUCACCCUUUAAGUAUCGUGGGUCGUCUAAAAGUGAUAAACGACACAGUUUUAAAGAGCUACCCAGCAAAUAUUUUCCAGUGUUAUAUUCAACACCUCCUUGGAAAGCGAAUUCUAUUGAAAGACUUAAUAAGGUGUCUCUGAGUCGUCCAUUAAAUCUAUAUUAUCAUGAUGAGGACAUAACUACUUGGUAUAGCCAAAGUGAAUUCGUUACGAGCUGUCUACAAUGGCACAACAUUUUCCGAGAUUUUCAUGGUUCACCUCUUCUUGUUUUGUCCCACCAGAUAAUCAACUUGAUAUUUUACAAAUACAGUUCACAUAAUUUUCUUUUUUUAGGAGACCAGGUGGCUAGGUAUUGGUACCAAGAAAUCAAGUUCUAUGAUUUUUAUCAAAAGCCAUCGCUGCUACAUGUUAAAGCCGGUCACUUUACACAAAUGAUUUGGAGAAAUACACAGGAGUUCGGAAUUGGAAAGGCAAGAACUCGAUCUGGAAAAAUUGUAGUGGUUGCAAACUACAGACCUGCCGGCAAUGUGAUUGGUCAUUUCCAUCAAAACGUCUUCCCGCCUGUCAAAAAUAAGGAAAAAUAG